GAUCACCAAUCCACACAUCUCGAUCCGUCCAUUAAACGAACUUACUUCUUUAUUAGUAUCCCGCGGUCCAGCUUAACAGAAUCUCUAAACUCCCCUGUCCAAGUCUCCCACCGGAAGGGCUCGCUCUCUCGAUGGCUUCCUUCGUUCUUUCCUCGUACCGCGUUUGGCCCAAACCCUCGCUUCCAAACCCUAAUUCGACCCGCCGGAAACCGGCGUCGGUGGGGAGCUCUUGCUCUAAGAGGUGGACCGUUGGGUUCUGUGGUGCCGGUUUCCCGGGCUUCCCCCGUCGUCCUCCGGGAUCUCGAUGCCGAUGACUUCCGGCAUCCCCUCGACAAGCAGAAUACGUCGCUUCUGAGGACAAUUCCUGGGUUAAAUGAACUUGUCAGGGUUUUAUUAGGAUCCGAAUCCUUUUCUGGCAAGAAAACUCUGGGACUUGUCUGGGGAAUGUCAGGAAAUACUGCUAUUCUUCCAUUAGAGCAGGUUAUGCUUCUUGAGAAUGGAACAUCAGUACUUUCUGAAAAUCAGCUUUCCAAUCUUCAUGAGUUAAUGGUCGAGGCUGCAAAAGUACUGAAUACAGAGGCUCCUGAUCUGUAUGUCCGCCAGAAUCCUGUUCCAAAUGCAUACACUUUGGCGAUCAGUGGCAGAAAACCAUUCAUAGUUGUCCAUACAAGCCUUGUGGAGCUUCUUACCAGAAGAGAACUGCAGGCUGUUUUGGCUCACGAGUUGGGUCACUUGAAAUGCGACCAUGGCGUGUGGCUUACAUUUGCAAAUAUACUAACACUGGAGCUUACACUGUACCUGGUCUGCAGGGCUUGGUGGUUGAUUGCUCAAAGUUUGGAGGAGCAGCUGCAUAGAUGGCUUCGAGCUGCUGAACUAACAUGUGACAGAGCGGCUCUUCUUGUUGCUCAAGAUCCGAAGGUAGUCAUCUCUGUUCUGAUGAAACUGGCUGGAGGGUGUCCAUCUCUUUCUGACCAUCUGAACGUCGAUGCAUUCUUGGAGCAAGCUCGGUCAUAUGACAAGGCUUCUUCCAGCCCAGUUGGAUGGUAUAUCAGGAAUGCUCAAAUGAGGCAGUUAUCCCACCCUUUGCCUGUUCUGCGUGCCCGUGAGAUUGACGAAUGGUCGAGGGGCCAGGAGUACAAAUCUCUUCUAAAACGAGCGAUCGAAGCAGCAGUUGCUCGGAAGGUUAGUGGUCUCCUUUGCCAUGCGAGGAUGGAGAUCAAUAGUAGCAUACUCGAAUACAUGGCCAGGAAAAUUACAGUACACACCACUAGAAAUGCUUGAUAUAAGAGAUGACUUUUGAAUUUAGAAGUAUUAUUCUAUUUAGGUAAACAAUACGAAUGUUAAGCAAUUGUUAUGUAAAUUCUUAUUAUAUUAUUCUUAAAUUGAACCCAAACUCCUGCCCUGUAAAGCUUCACAAGUUUGGUCAUUCCAUGUUAUAUCCACUACUAAUCUAAUAAAUAAGCUUUGCUUAAAGA